AAAGCUCUAUAAGGUCAUUGUAUAGUCGGGCUUUGUGAAAAGUGCACGCAAGAAAGAAGUAGAACAAAAAGUGGGCCACUUAAGAGUCGAGCAGAAUCCAGACGUAAAUCCAGACGUUUGCCGGAUCGUCUGAUCUUGACAAGUUAUGGCUAGCGUGCAUCGAGAGAGCUUACAAGUGGAGCCCGCAGUGAAGGCUCGAGGAGCAAACCAUGAUUUGCGUCAGAAAAACAACCGCGCUUCGCACAACUGGCAGAAAGUCAGGCUGGCGCUGGAGAUGGAAAGGAAAAAUUUUGCGAAAGGAGCUCAAGACGAUCGCAAUAAACUUUUGAAGCAACGCGAAGUGCUGCGGAACACAUCGUUGAAUCUAUCAAGAUCCGACUCGUUUAAGACCGAGGAAGGGGCGUCCGCGCAACUUAACCCACGUCUGUCUUUGAAAGAUGUCUACGAUGCGUUGUUAAAGUCUUCUAAAAAACAGCCGAACGACAACGGAUCCGACGUGAAAAGCGUCAAAUCCGAACCAGCGCCAGCUAUAGACAGACGCCAAUCGACCGUAAGCUUUGAGCAGAAGCGGGUGGGCAGAAAACCAACCAAUUUCUCUCUACACGGACUACAGAAAGCAAACAGUAAUCUGCAGAGUAAAUUACAAGCUGUGGAGAAAGCUCAACAGCGGGCUCUCACUGUUGAUGAUUCAAAUCAAAUCGAGCGACCUCAAUCUGGACCUCCGCCGAGUCAUUUCGACUUGAACGAGGAGGAGCUCAGCUUAGGGCCGACUCUGAAACUUCCACCGACCCGUCUACCACCCAUAACGAAGGGGGUCUCUUUUAAACCUCAUAUUCGGAGUUUUCAAAAGGACGAAGAGUUUAAGAGGCGAACAAGAGGCGGCGAACAUUCAUUUGAUGAUAUUCGUUACUGCCGAUAUCUAAGAAAGAGAGGGCGGUCAAGGUCUGAUACGACCGAACCAAAGAAAUUGCAUCAACAGCGCCGAUCUGCUGAUUCUCUACCUUCGUAAAGACUAGUUAACGACAAGAAAUAAGAAAUGCGAUGGAGAAAAGAACAAGUGGUUUGAAAUUGCGUCGAUCGAAAGUACUCUUGUUACGACACGAAACUGCUCAUUUGCAUUCAGGCCUUGCACUUUUUUAUGGAACACACGGUACAAGCCAUGGAAGUUUUCUUUAAUCGACACCAGGUUUUUGGAAGUUCACAACACGAAAUAGCAAGGAAGAAACAACAGAUAAUGUGCCGUCUGGCAAAAUAAACAACGGAGACGAACACCAGGACAAAGAAAACAGGAAAAGGCUGUUAUGAAUAUUUGAUAUGUGGUCUAUAGAUAAUAACUUUGCUUUGCUUUAUUAAAAAAAGAGAGCCAUUAAUUCUAAAAGUUGAAUUAGUAACAACCCAAUGUAAAUUUAAAAACAAAAAGUGAAUCUUUAAAAAGAACAAAGUAGAAAUAAAAUAUCUGCAAGCUUUACUUGCUUGCUAUUCAAGAUUCAGGAUUGCAACAUAAAAGAUAAAGGAAUGAUAAAGUUAAUUUUAUACGUUGAAUUUUCUCCAUACUUCGUGCGAUAACUCUAAUGCAUUUGAAAAUCGGCUGUUGAGAAAAUUCUACCAAUGUGUUAUUCAAUUCAGGCUUAAAUUACUCAUCCAAAGAAACGUUUCCUUCAAAUGAAUGAGGUGUUUUCAAAUUUGUAAUGACUAUUCAUAACCUUAUCUGUUGCUUUAAAUCAAGAGCAUAAGGCCAAUACAGAGGUCAAUACAAAAUGUUUGCACCAAAAUUCAGAAUAUCUAAAAAGCUAUAAUAAAAAAUUCUUGAUAUCUACGGAA